CCUGAUAACACGCUUAAGACCAAAACCCACUUGAGAUAGUUCAUAGUAGCCUAUAAAUACCAACAGAAACGUAGUGUUUUACCCAUCUCCUAACUUAUCUCCCUCGACAAGUCAUGAAGAUCUUAAGCAACAGUUGUUUUUUGAUCAUUCUGCUUCUCUUUGUAUCUGGUGCAGUACAAAUCAUCAAGGCAGAUUAUUGUACCUGCACGAACUACAAUAGCCACUGCUAUUACAAGCAGCUUCCAUGCCCAGCGGAAUGCCCUUCUGAAAAUCCGUCUAACCCAAAGGCUAAAGUUUGCUAUAUUGACUGCGACUCACCUAUGUGCACACCCGUGUGCAGAACUAGGAAGCCAAAUUGCAAUACCCCUGGAGCAGCAUGCUUGGACCCGCGGUUCAUUGGCGCAGAUGGCACUGUAUUCUACUUCCAUGGGAAAAGCAACGAGCAUUUCAGCUUGGUUUCAGAUCUCGAUCUGCAAAUCAAUGCUCGCUUCAUUGGCCUAAGGCCAGCAGGUAGAUCUAGGGACUACACAUGGAUUCAAGCUCUAGGAAUCCUUUUCGGCUCUCACAGUUUCUCUGUCGAGGCUGUCAAAGCAGCAACAUGGGAAGACGAAAUCGACCACCUAAAAUUCUCAUUCAAUGGCAAAGAGCUAGCCAUACCCGAAACAUACCCAUCUUUGUGGUUAUCUGCACAAAACGACCUUAAAGUACAAAGAACGUCGAGGAAGAAUAGUGUUUUAGUCACUCUACCAGGAGUUGCUGAAAUUUCAGUCAAUGUGGUGCCAGUGACCAGGGAAGAUGACAGAAUCCAUAACUACCAGAUACCUUCAGACGACUGCUUUGCUCACUUAGAGGUGCAGUUCAAAUUCUACGACCUUUCCACAAGGGUUGAAGGUGUGCUUGGCCGGACUUACCAACCAGAUUUCAAGAACCCGGCAAAGCAAGGUGUUGCAAUGCCGGUGGUGGGAGGUGAAAACAAAUAUAGGACCACAUCGCUUCUAUCUGCGGAUUGUGGUUCUUGUGUGUUUUCUCCAGUUGGGGUUCACAACAAGGAUGAAUCACUGGUUAUGGAUUUUGGCCUGUUAGAUUGCACAGCUGGGGCUAACAGUGGGAACGGAAUCGUUUGCAGGAAAUGAGUUCCCUACUUCACGAACUACUCCUGGAAUUUCCCAUGUUUUUUUCUUGGUUAAUAAUUCAAUGUUGCUUUGUAGGGAGAAAGGAGUGGUGUGUCUUAUGUUUUAUCCUUGAGUCUUGCAAUCUCAAUUGUGUUGCAUUGAAAGUGGGAAUAAAUGUAAUCAUUUAAGGUUUUUUUUCCGCUGGGGUGAUAAUAUACGUCUGAAUUUCAAUA